AUGUCUUCAUUCGCACUCCGCUUUGCUCCCCGGUUGUUGCUCACCGGCAAUUCUGCCCCACGGUUGGUGGCCGCGGCCACGCAGCGGAAUUCCUACUUCACCUAUUCGAACCAAAUUUCGCAGCCACUCGAGCGCGAACCCAAGUACACGACGGCGGAAGAAGCGGUCAAAGUCAUCAAAUCAGGUGACAUUGUAUUCGCUCAGGGUGCAGCGGCUACCCCGGUUCACGUACUCGAUGCGAUGACCAAGCAUGGCAUGGAUAACAACCUGCGAGACAUCACGGUGACCCACAUGCACACUGAGGGUCCGGCAUCUUACUGCAAACCCGAAUGCAAGGAUGUGUUCCGCUCGAAAUCACUGUUCAUGGGAGGUAAUGUACGUGCGGCCGUUGCCGAUGGACGCGGCGAUGCCGUACCGAUCUUCCUGCACGAAAUUCCGCUCCUGUUCCGACGCAAGCUCAUCCAGCCGGACGUAGCGAUCGUGUCCGUGUCGCCACCGGAUAACCACGGUUACUGUACGCUCGGUACCAGCGUGGACUGUGUGCGUGCGGCUUUGGAAAAUUCAAAAGUUAUCAUCGCCCAGGUCAACAAGCAGAUGCCGCGCACAUUCGGUGACAGUAUUAUCCACCAGUCGCAUUUCGACUAUGCGAUCAAUGUGGAUAUACCGCUGCCGGAGCAUGGUGGACAUGCGAUGUCGGAAGUGGAAACCAAGAUCGGAAAACUGAUCGCGGAAAAUUUGGUCGAGGAUGGUGCGACGCUGCAGAUGGGCAUCGGCAACAUUCCGGAUGCGGUGCUGAAUGCACUGCACAACCAUAAGGAUCUAGGCAUUCACUCGGAGAUGUUUGCGGGCGGUGUGGUCGAUCUCGUGCGCAAGGGUUGCGUGACGAACGAUAAAAAAAAUUUCCAUCGAGGCCGCAUCGUCGGUUCGUUCCUGAUCGGUACCAAGAAGUUGUACGACUUUGUCGACAAUAAUCCAUUCAUCGAAAUGCUGGAAAUUAACUACGUCAACAAUGUGAGCAUUAUUGCGCGAAACCCCAAGAUGACCGCCAUCAACUCGGCGAUUGAAGUAGAUCUCACCGGGCAGGUUUGUGCCGAUUCGAUCGGUACGCGCAUGUACUCUGGUUUUGGAGGCCAGGUCGACUUUAUUCGCGGUGCUGCCGAAGGAUUCGAUGGCAAGGGUAAACCAAUCAUUGCGCUACCAUCCGUCACAAACAAGGGUCAGAGCAAAAUUUCCCCCAUCCUUAAGCCUGGUGCUGGUGUGGUAACGUCUCGAGCCCAUGUCCACUAUGUUGUCACCGAGUAUGGUAUUGCGAAUCUGUUCGGUCGCAGUUUGCGCCAGCGUGCCUACGCACUGAUCCAGAUCGCACAUCCCGAUCACCGCGAAGCCCUUGAGAAGGCUGCCUUCGAGCGUUUGAAAACGAUGCCAACACCGAACUAA